AUGUGCCGGAUGGUGUUGUUGCUGUUCGCGCUGGUUGCUGGCAGCUAUGCAGCGACACAUGUCAACAUUUCGAUUGCCCAACAGCCGGCCACAAAUCCGGCAGAUGUUAGCUUCAUUGAUGGACAUGCGCCAGCGGAGCUGAGAGCCGGUCCCCAACGUGUUGAGGAGGAGCCACGCUUUGCUCGCCUGCAGGAGCGAUCACAGCAGCAGAUGCAACAGGUGCCACAGCAGCAGAUGACGCAACAGCAACAGUCGUCGCAGUCGGCACAGCAGCUGACUCCACGUCAGGGUUUGGGUCUGCAGCCAGUUCAAAUGGCUAAUCACGAUAACAACAACAACAAUAAUAACAAUGGUCGCCAGACACGUCGUCGUAUGCAUAGUCGCCGUCCCUCGUUGGUGCAGCAGCCACCGCACAGUGGCCAGUUUCGUCAACGCAACCAACAGCUGCGCCAGAAUCAGGAAUUCGAGCGAUACAUUCAGUCCUAUCACAGUCAUGGACCCUCCGUGGAAACCGUCUUUGAAUCCUCCAGUCCAGCGCCUCAACGCUAUACACAGUCCAGCAGCAGCAGCAGCAGUAACAGUGACAGCUCUAGUUCCAUUGCUGGAGAUGAUGUAGUGUCCAUUGGUGGCGGCAAAUCGCAGCAACUGCGCAUGUUUGAGCGCCAGGUAGCUGCUCCAGCUGCUGCUCAAAGCCAGAGCGCCAAUGUGGAGCAGGCACAGGAUAGCAAACCCAUCUAUGAACCGCAACAGGAGCCUGUGAAAGCACCUGUCUUUGUACCCGCUGUAAGCUCCAGCUCCAGUUCCAGCUCCUCCUCCUCUAGUUUUAAUGCAGGCAGUGCUCCUGCUCCGGCGCCCACUUCAGUGCCCAAUGAUGCCAAGCUAGGCGGUAGUGGUGGUGGCUUUGAGUCCUCUUAUGAGCCUGCUUUCGAUGCGGGCAACAGCUAUAAUCGUCCUAGCUAUGAUCAGGGCGGCUACAUCGGCUAUGACGACGUACAAGAUGACUAUCAGGAUCUGUAUCCGCCACAGCAAGCCGUAGACGAGAGCUUCAGCUACGAUGAUUAUGGCGAUCAAUCCGGUGGCUACUUGCCACCACCACAACCUGGCUAUGUGCAGCCAGCUCCACCUCGCCAACUCGUCACGAAGACCAUCCAGAUUGUGCAGCCGGCGCUGAAGGCCAAGAAAUACGAAGUCCGUCAUCCGGCCAUCCAGAAGGAGUUCUACGACAUUGAGGAACGUGUUGUGAUCAAGCCCGCUGGCACAUUGGUUGUCGAACUGGAUCAUCCGGUUGCAAAGAUACCCAAGGGUGAGACUCUACUACCCCUGGGACAUCCACAUCCCGCUGUCGCUGGUGCCUACCACAACAGCAACAGCAACAACAACAACAACAACAACAAUGUGCAACAGGUGCAGACUCAAAGCUACAACAACAACGGCAAUGAGUACAGACCCAACUAUGAUGGACCCAAGGAGCAGGCACAGGUGACCACUGUUGGCUCCAGUGUGACCACAAUGCCCGCCUAUGAUCAGGUGCCCAAGGAUGCGUUCGUCGAGUCACAGCUGCAGCAGCAGCAGCACACACAGGGAAACGAUGCCACCGAUGGCAAUCGUCAGUCACCCUCAUUCAGCUCCAGUUCCAGCACCAGCUCGGGCUCUAUUCCCAGCACUAGUGUUGUUGCUACCGAUUCGAAUGGCAAUCAAUUCCAGAUCAACAAAAAGCAUCUGACACCCAAGAUGCUCACACGCCUCGAGCCGGAGCAAAAGGACUAUGAUUAUGGACGCAGCGAGGCAAGCUACCCAACACAGCGUGGCUAUCAGCGCACCAACAGCUUCGCUCGCCAGCCAGUGUAUCAGCAACCCAGCAACGAUGACUACUUUAGCGGCGAGUAUCUACCCAAUGUUAAUGCCGGCAAUGUGGAUGCGAAACCAGCACGCCUCGAGGAGGCUCCUGCACCACGGCCACAAAUCAUCAAGCACGAGCACAAGAUCCAUUUGCCGCCAUCGCAGCAUAAUAUCUAUUUGAGUCGCAGUCGCCAGCCGCCACCGAAGGAGCAACGCAUUCAGGAGGAGCUGCCUGCCCAUGUUGCCGAAGUGAAGCCUUAUUUGCGCAAUCAUCAGGGUCCCACAGUGGUGUAUGCCAAGUCAGCGGCGCGACCCGUUGCCACACCACGUGGCAACUACUACAAUCAGGCGGCAGUUUCACGGUUGCGUAGUCCUCUCGCCGAGGAUCUGGAAUAUAGUGCACCAUACUCACGCAUGCGCUACGAUCCCGAUGCAGAGUCUGGUCGUCUGGUGGAGGCACCCAAGCCGCAGACAAAAGAGCCUGCAAAGGCACAAAUUCAACUACAAAUACCAAAUCAUGAUGACCGGGAUCAGUCGAUUGUGGCCACUGCGACGAUAAGUCCACUCAAGCCCGAUUGUGAUCAGCAGGAGAAGCAACAACAGCAGCAGCAAGAGGAUCAGCGUCUGGUUGAGGCGCCAGCUGCUCCCGUUGUGGCCAGCACACAGGCCACACCCACACAGGCCCAACCUCAACUGGAUGUGGAUGUGUCACUUAAUGGCGGAGCCGGACACCUAAACCGACACCUGCAGCCCAAUGAGCGCGUCAUUUCAGCAACAGCUGCACCCACCGACGCCGCCUCGAAGAGGGAAACGUUCCACAAGCGUCGUAUUGUGGUCAAUCAUCCGUUCCAGACGGUGCGCGAGGUGGUCGAGCAUGAGCCCAUCACCAACUACCAUCAGAUUCAGGUGAAUGAGCCAGCCUCACCCAAUCUCUACCACCAGGCGGCCUAUUAUCAGCAGCCGGUGCAGACGCAUGGCAAUCUGAUGCAAUUCGAAUCGACAUCCACACAAGGCAAUCUGUAUGCGAGUUAUGGUUAA